AUGGCCAGGCCCAUCACUUCACCUCACCACCUGGUCCUGACCUGGAGGAACCAGUACCUGCUGACUGUGGUGGCCGAGGACAGGGAUGCGCUGCUGCUGGGCCUGCGCUACUCACCCAACCGGCUGCACUUCCUGUUCCUCCACGAGGACACGGCUGGCGCCUGGCAGACCCGCGUGUCCUUCCGCAGCUCCAGCCUCAUGGACAGCCAGUGGCACACUCUGGUGCUGGCGGUGUCUGAAGGCUCCUUCUCCCUCACCACAGACUGCGGCCUCCCGGUGGACAUAAUGGCUGAUGUGCCCUUCCCGGCCACCUUGUCUGUGCGAGGAGCACGGUUCUUCAUUGGCAGCCGGAGGAGAGCAAAGGGCUCAUUCACAGGCCUGGUCAGGCAGCUGGCCCUGCUGCCAGGCUCAGAUGCCACCCUGAGGCUGUGCCCCAGCAGGAGGGCCCACCUGGCCGAGCUGUCCAUCCCACAGGUGCUCCAGGGGCUCGAGGGGAAGCUGGACGAUAAUGAGGUGCUGAAAUACCCACACGAAGCCCGCCUGAAGGUGACCCUGGGGUCCCGGCCAUCCUGUACCAAGGCAGAAGAUGCCCAGUUCUGGUUCGAUGUCUCCCAAAGAGGACUGUACCUGUGUGUGGGAAGCGAGUGGGUUUCGGUGUUGGCAGCCAAAGUCAAGCUGGACUACGUGGAGGAGCACCAGAGCCUGUUCACGAACUCAGAGACACUGGGCCUCGAGGUAUUUGGCAUCCCCCAGGUGGGGCUCUUCUUGGCGACGGCCAACCGGAAGGCCACGUCCGCCAUCUACAAGUGGACAGACGGGAAGUUCGUCUCCUAUCAGAACAUCGCCACGCACCAGGCGCAGUCCUGGCGACACUUCACCAUUGGGAAGAAGAUCUUCCUGGCGGUGGCAAACUUCGGACCAAAUGAAGAAGGUCAGGAGUUCUCGGUCAUUUACAAAUGGAGCCACAGGAGACUGAAGUUCACCCCCUACCAGAGGAUCGCCACCCACAGCGCCCGGGACUGGGAGGCCUUCAAGGUGGAUGGCGAGCACUUCCUGGCGGUAGCCAACCACCGGGAAGGUGACAACCACAACAUCGACAGCAUCAUCUACAAGUGGAACCCCAGCACCCAGCGUUUUGAGCCCCACCAAAGCAUCGCCACAUCGGGCGCCUACGACUGGGAGUUCUUCACCGUGGGGCCCUAUUCCUUCCUAGCGGUGGCCAACACCUUCAACGGCACCUCCACCAGAGUGCACUCCCACCUGUACAUCUGGCUGGUCGGCGCCUUCCGGCUCUUCCAGUCCUUCCUGACGUUUGGUGCUGCAGACUGGGAAGUCUUCCGCAUCGGGGACAGGGUCUUCCUGGCUGUCGCCAACAGUCACAGCUACGAUGUGGAAAUGCAACUGCAAAAUGACUCCUACGUCAUCAACUCGGUCAUUUACGAGCUCAAUGUCACCGCACAGACCUUUGUCAAGUUUCAGGACAUCCCCACCUGCAGUGCCCUGGACUGGGAGUUCUUCUCAGUGGGGGAGGACUACUUCCUGGUGGUCGCCAACUCCUUCGAUGGAAACACCUUCUCGGUAAACAGUAUUAUCUACAGAUGGCAGGGCUACGAGGGCUUCGUGGCCACUCAUCGCCUCCCCACCUUUGGCUGCAGGGACUGGGAGGCCUUCAGCACGGCGGCCGGCUCCUACCUCAUCUAUUCCAGUGCCAAGGAGCCCAUCUCCAGGGUGCUUCUGCUGCGCACGGGCUGAGGACCCGGGAGGCCUGGGUGGCCAGUGGCAUUCAGCCAACAUUGGGGGCCCAGUACAGCCGGGGUCGUCUGCCCAGCUGCUGCUGGCCGCACAAGGAGGGCAGCCCUGGUGGCCUUGGUGCCCCACCUUUGACAGCAGGACACCCUCCCAAAGGACCAGUCUCCAUGUGUUUUACCUCAAACACCUGGAACCCUGGCAGGGCCCAGGUGUCAGUCCGUGACACUGCCCUGCAGCGCAACCCAGACGCUGCCGUGCCAGCCACCUAUUUAUUGUCUUCUAUCUACACAGAAAUAUAUUUAUGUGUGCA